GCUCCCUGCUCCGGCCUCGCCGCCCCACGCUGCCACCAUGAGCCAGUCCUACUCCUCCAGCCAGCGGGUCUCUUCCUACCGCCGCACCUUCGGCGGCGGCUCCCCAGUCUUCUCCCGUGCCUCUUUCGGGGGCAAGGGCAGCAGCGGAAGCUCUGUCACCUCCCGUGUCUACCAGGUGUCCCGCACCUCGGCUGUCCCCAGCCUGUCCAGCUUCCGCACCACCCGCGUGACGCCCCUGCGCUCUUACCAAAGCGCCUACCAAGGUGCGGGCGAGCUGCUGGACUUCAGCCUGGCCGAUGCCAUGAACCAGGAGUUCCUUCAGACCCGCACAAAUGAGAAGGUGGAGCUGCAAGAGCUCAACGACCGCUUCGCCAACUACAUCGAGAAGGUGCGUUUCUUGGAGCAGCAGAAUGCCCUGAUGGUGGCCGAGGUGAACCGCCUGCGGGGCAAGGAGCCCACCCGCGUGGCUGAGAUGUACGAAGAGGAGCUGCGAGAGCUGCGGCGCCAGGUGGACCUGCUCACCAACCAGCGGGCCCGUGUUGAAGUGGAGCGUGACAACCUGCUCGAUGACCUGCAGAAGCUCAAGCAGAGGCUACAAGAAGAGAUCCAGCUGAAGGAGGAGGCUGAGAACAACCUGGCUGCUUUCAGAGCUGAUGUGGAUGCAGCCACAUUGGCACGCAUUGACCUGGAAAGACGCAUUGAGUCCCUGCAGGAGGAGAUUGCCUUCCUCAAGAAGGUUCACGAAGAGGAAAUCCGGGAGCUGCAGGCUCAGCUGCAGGAACAGCACAUCCAGGUGGAGAUGGAUAUCUCCAAGCCUGACCUGACGGCUGCACUGCGGGACAUCCGUGCUCAGUAUGAGAGCAUUGCUGCCAAGAACAUUGCUGAGGCUGAGGAGUGGUACAAGUCCAAGGUGAAUGACCUGACACAGGCAGCAAACAAGAAUAAUGAUGCACUGCGGCAGGCCAAGCAGGAGAUGUUGGAGUACCGGCACCAGAUCCAGUCCUACACCUGCGAGAUUGAUGCCCUGAAGGGCACGAACGACUCACUGAUGCGUCAGAUGCGGGAGAUGGAGGAGCGCUUUGCAGGGGAGGCUGGUGGCUACCAGGACACCAUUGCUCGGCUGGAGGAGGAGAUCCGACACCUGAAGGAUGAGAUGGCUCGCCACCUGCGCGAGUAUCAGGACCUGCUCAACGUCAAGAUGGCUCUGGAUGUGGAGAUUGCCACAUACCGCAAGCUGCUGGAGGGCGAGGAGAACCGGAUCAGUAUCCCCAUGCACCAGACCUUUGCCUCUGCGCUCAAUUUCCGAGAGACCAGCCCAGAGCAACGCGGCUCUGAGGUGCACACCAAAAAGACCGUGAUGAUCAAAACUAUCGAAACCCGUGACGGGGAGGUGGUGAGCGAGGCAACCCAGCAGCAGCAUGAAGUACUGUAGAGAAGGCUGCUCUGGCAGCCCACAGGCACCUUCCAUCCCUGCCUCCGUCCCGAUGCCAAGUCCCCCUCCUGCCCCCCACCUUGUCCCCGGCACUCCCCCGACACUGCCUGAGGGGUCUUCCCCUGUGCAGCUGCCUCCGGGCUCUUUGCACACCCCAGGCUCUCUCCUUUGGCUUCAAAAGGCUUGCUCUGCUUUUGUAGCUUCGCAGCGGCAACGCCAGCAUCAGGAUCAGGCCCGGGCCGGGGAAGGGGGGUGGCAGGAGGGAGGGAGGCAGGGGACAAGCAGGAGGGGCUGGGGGGAGCAGGUGGUGGCCUGGGCCAGCUCCCCAGAGAGCCGGACGGUCCCAGCAGCAGGUUCUGGAUCCUCCCACAGCCCCCUCCCUGCACCAGGCACGGGCUUGGGCUUCGUCCUGCGGGAGCAUGGACCCAUCCCCUGUCCUCCUGCACCAGGACCACUGGCCUCCCUGGAGCUGGCACUUCUCUGGGUGCAUGGUGGCGGUGCCAGGGAUGGGGAGAACUGAGGUCCAGGCCAAGCCCCCUGUUCUCCACCUGGGUCCAAGCCAAGGUGCUCCCAACCUGCAUUCCUCCCUGCCCAGGGGGGCUGGGACCCUACUCUCCCCCUCCCUGGCCUGAGAGACAGCCCCUUGGGGCAGAGAAGGGCAGCGCCCACCCCCAUCAUGGGGACCCCCAGCAGCAGGGGCCAGGCUCGUGAGCCAAGAGGGUACUUGUAGGUGGACACAGGAGAGAGGAGGAGUGAAUGAGUGGGAGAGAGGGGUGAGAGAAGAAGAGGAUCCAGAGAGAGGCCUGGGGUCCAGGGCAGGUGCCUCCACCCCUCGCCCCACAGCACCCCCACCCCACUGCGUCUAUAUGACUCUUCAGACAGCUGAAAUAAACA